AUGCGCUCUCUGAUAAGAUCCGGCGCCCUAAAUGCGUUCCUGGCAGCGUCGCUUGCGACGGGCCAGGUCCUAACAUGGGACGAAGCUUAUACCAAAGCAACAUCUGACCUAUCGCUACUAAGCCAAGAAGAAAAGGUCGGCAUUGUAACUGGUGUGACCUGGCAAGGCGGCCCUUGUGUCGGAAACACCUACGAGCCAACAUCCAUCCCAUACCCCUCUCUCUGUCUCCAGGACGGACCGCUGAGCGUGCGCUUCGCGAACCCUGUGACUGUCUUCCCUGCUGGAAUCAAUGCCGGCGCUACAUGGGACCGCGAGCUCAUCCGAGCAAGAGGCGUAGCCAUGGGAGCGGAGUCUCGUGGCCUCGGCGUCCAUGUCCAGCUUGGUCCUGUCGCUGGUGCGUUGGGAAAGAUACCCUCCGCUGGACGCAAUUGGGAGGGUUUCUCGAAUGAUCCGUAUUUGGCAGGGAUAGCCAUGGCAGAGGCGAUCCAGGGGAUGCAAAGUAGUGGAGUACAAGCCUGUGCUAAGCACUACCUUCUUAACGAGCAAGAAUACAACCGCGACACAAUCAGCUCAAAUGCUGAUGACCGCACAAUCCACGAGCUCUACCUAUGGCCCUUUUAUGACGCCGUCAAAGCAAACGUCGCAUCGGUAAUGUGCUCGUACAACAAGAUAAACGGGACUUGGGCCUGUGAGCACGACGCGCUCCUCAAUGGGCUGCUGAAAGGCGAGCUAGGGUUCAAGGGUCAUGUCCUCUCCGACUGGAACGCGCAACACAGUACCGUCCAGAGCGCGAAUACCGGCCUCGACAUGACCAUGCCCGGUUCUGACUUCUCCACCCCUCCGGGGUCGAUCUACUGGGGUGACAAUCUAGCAGCCGCGAUUGCAGACGGGUCUGUCCCUCAAGAGAGACUCGACGAUAUGGUUACGCGAAUCCUUGCUGCUUGGUACCUUGUCGGCCAAGACCAGGGCCAUCCGCCCGUUGCAUUUAGUAGCUGGGAUGGUGGCGCGGCAAGUGUGAAUGUCACAACGCCGGAGCACGGGGAACUCGCGCGGACUAUCGCCCGGGAUUCGAUCGUGUUGCUGAAGAACACGAAUGGCUCCUUACCGCUGGCGAAGCCGGCUAGUCUUGCGGUCAUCGGAUCAGAUGCGAUUGUCAACCCAGAUGGAGCGAAUGCCUGCGCAGAUCGAGGAUGUAAUAAGGGGACUCUUGCGCAGGGGUGGGGAAGUGGGACAGCCGAGUUUCCUUACCUCGUCGCCCCGCUCGAUGCAAUCGAGGAGAAACUCGCCGGAGCCGGGACAGCUAUUAUCACCAGCACGACAGAUGACGCGACUUCCGGCGCUGAAGCUGCCGCUGCUGCUGAGACGGCCAUCGUCUUCAUCACCUCCGAUUCUGGAGAGGGGUACAUAACCGUCGAAGGCCACGAAGGUGACCGCAACAAUCUUGAUCCCUGGCACAAUGGAAAUUUGCUUGUGCAAGCUGUCGCCCGCACGAACACUCCUACCAUUGUCGUCCUGCACAGCGUUGGCCCCGUGACACUGGAGACGAUCCUCGCAGAGCCCAACGUCGUGGCAGUCGUCUGGGCCGGUCUGCCGGGCCAGGAAAGCGGACAUGCCCUGACGGAUGUCCUCUUCGGUGACUACGCGCCAAGUGGGAAGUUGCCGUUUACUAUCGGGAAGUCGGAAGAGGAUUAUGGGGCUGACUGGACGACAAGUCAGGUUGAUGACUUUGCGGAGGGGUUGUUCAUUGAUUACCGCCAUUUCGAUCAGUACGGAAUCGAGCCGAGAUAUGAGUUUGGCUUUGGGCUAUCAUACACGAGUUUCAACUAUUCAACCCUCUCAACGUCUAUAUCAACAACACCCGGCCCAACAACAGGCGAGACGAUCGUCGGCGGUCCGUCUGACCUCUUUGCUCCGAUUGGAACAGUCAGUGCCUAUGUAGCGAACACAGGUCAUGUGGCCGGUGCGGAAGUCGUGCAGUUGUACAUUGGAUAUCCCGACUCCGCUCCGUCAAUACCACCAAAGCAGCUCCGUGGUUUUGACAAGCUGCACCUUGUGCCUGGUGAAAGCGGUAUUGCGACAUUUGAGCUUACACGCCGGGAUAUCAGCUACUGGGAUGUUGGGCUGCAGAAGUGGGUAGUAGCGUCGGGGACGUUUGAGGUCUUUGUGGGCGCUUCGAGUCGGGAUAUCCGGUUGACGGGAAGCUUUACCGUCUAGACUUGCUGAUGCCUUCUCGACCAUUUUGAAUUUACCUUGAAUCAAAUGGGGUAUUUGGAGCUCGAGGGUUUGCACAUAAAAAGAUCAAGUAGCCAAUAUGGCUGAUUCAGUAAGCUUCUAAUGACAGGCAAUAGUCACAGGGUACAAUAUCUAUUCAUUCCUGACUAGUGCAAAUCCAUUGUCAAGCAUUUAUA